AUGUCUAUUGCAUCGAUCCUCAACAACGUUGCCCGCCAUAAUUCAACAUGUCUUACGACUGGAAGAAGAGAGAAGAUCACAGUCGAGCAAAGCAGAUAUUGUCCUCAGGCCCAGAGGACACGCCAUGGUAUUGUGUUAUGGCUGGGCGAACAACCCAACUUCGCAUGGGAAGAGCAGAAUGCAGACCUCGAUACGGAUAUUCGGGAGAAGACGCUUGUAGUCGAUGGGAAUGAGGAUGUUUACUAUACUUGCAAGAAUAUACUGCUUGCGCGAUAUGUGUUGUCGACUGCGGGGUUCCAGAUAUAG